AUUCUGUACCGCAUGAUUGCAACAAGAUGCGUGCCCGUCGCACACCCACCUCCCCCGACCAUGCCGUCACAGCCUCCUCGCCCAGCGCCGCCACCCCUUCUCAACCCCUCCUCGCCCAGCGCCGCCACCCCUUCUCCGCCUCCGGCGCUGCCCGCCGGCCUGCUCACCCGCGGCACUUAGUCAGGAACCCUAGGAUGGCCGUGCCCAAAAAUUUACUUUACUGUGCCCUCCUUCAGUUUUGGGUGUUCGAUUUGGGAUCUAGAGUUCUUCCCCGCUUGAUUGACUCCAAUAGUUCGAGUGUAUUUUCUUCUGGGCUCUGUAAGUCGAAAUGGAGGCCGCCACCACAUGGUUUCCAUCAACCCGGAGUCAAAAUCAAGAGCUGUGAACAGGGAGGUACUCAGUGAGCUAAUCAAGUUGCACGGGAAGACAUCCCUUGGCGGCAAAUUGCCUGCCUAUGAUGGAAGAAAGAGUCUCUACACUGCAGGCUCACUCCCUUUUGAGUCUGAGGAGUUCUCUGUUACACUGGUUGAUCCCGAAAAGAAAGACAAAGAAAAGGCUGAAAGGGAGUACAAGAUCACCAUUAGGAUUGCUGGGAGGACAGACCUGUACCACCUCCAGCAGUUUCUCAAAGGAAGACAGAGGGAUAUGCCUCAAGAAACCAUCCAAGUUCUUGAUGUUGUCCUCAGGGAGUCACCAUCCUGGAACUAUGUCACAGUGUCCAGAUCCUUCUUCUCCACCACCUUUGGUCACAGAGGAGACAUUGGUGAAGGAUUAGAGUGCUGGAGAGGUUACUACCAGAGCUUACGCCCAACUCAGAUGGGGCUGUCACUCAAUAUAGACAUAUCUGCAACAUCCUUCUUCAAGCCUGUGACAGUGGUCCAGUUUGUGCUAGAGUUCCUCAACUUACGUGAUGCCUCGCGCCCUCUGACAGACAGGGACCGUAUUAAGAUAAAGAAAGCACUCCGUGGGGUGCGUGUCGAAACAAACCACCAGGAAGACCAAAUCAGAAGAUAUAAGAUAACAGGGAUUACUCCUGUUCCCAUGAGCCAGCUCAUAUUUCCUGUUGAUGAGAGAGGAACAAGAAUGUCAGUUGUUCAUUACUUCAUGCAAAGAUACAACUACAAUCUGCAGUAUACUUCUUGGCCCUGCUUGCAGUCUGGAAGCGAUGCUCGGCCUGUGUAUCUGCCUAUGGAGGCGUGCAAGAUUGUUGAAGGGCAAAGGUACUCUAAGAAACUGAAUGACAAGCAGGUCGCCAACAUACUUAGAGCUACCUGUCAACGUCCCCAGCAGAGGGAGCAAAGCAUUCGUGAGAUGGUUCUGCAUAACAAGUAUGCUGAGGACAAGUUUGCUCAGGAGUUUGGAAUCAAUGUCUGCAGUGACCUUGUCUCUGUUCCAGCCCGUGUGCUGCCUCCCCCCAUGUUGAGAUAUCAUGAUUCUGGAAAGGAGAAAACUUGUGCGCCAAGUGUUGGACAGUGGAACAUGAUUAACAAGAAAAUGAUCAAUGGAGGAAUCAUAGACAACUGGGCCUGUGUGAGUUUUUCACGCAUGCGUCCUGAGGAGGUACACAGGUUCUGUUGUGAUCUGAUUCAGAUGUGCAAUAUGACUGGAAUGUCUGUCAAUUCAAGGCCACUUGUAGACAACCGAUCAGCGAGCCCCAACCACAUUGAGAAUGCUUUGAGAGAUGUCUACAGGAGGACAACGGAAAUGCUUUCCAAGCAGGGACACGAAAAACAGCUACAACUGUUAAUUGUAAUCCUACCUGAAAUCAGUGGUUCUUAUGGGAAAAUCAAGAAGGUUUGCGAGACUGACCUUGGGAUUGUGUCUCAGUGUUACCUGCCAAGAUAUGCUGCCAGACCGAACAAGCAAUAUCUGGAGAAUGUUGCACUCAAAAUCAAUGUGAAGGUCGGACUGCCACCUUCCAUUGAGAAGGCCUUUGCUCGAUUUGGUGUUCCUGCUGUUACAAAAGUCCCAACAAUCAUCUUUGGUGCUGAUGUUACACACCCCCCACCUGGAGAGGACUCCACAUCAUCUAUUGCUGUGGUGGUGGCAUCAAUGGACUGGCCAGAGAUCACCAAGUACAGAGGUCUUGUCUCUGCUCAACCACACAGGCAGGAGAUAAUCGAAGACCUCUUCAGUGUCAGCAAAGAUCCGCAGAGGGGCAAUGUCAAUGGUGGCAUGAUCAGGGAGUUACUGAUUGCCUUCCGCUGGAAGACAGGCCGGAGGCCUGAGAGGAUACUCUUCUACAGGGAUAGUGUGAGUGAAGGCCAGUUGAGCACUGUACGUUUUCAUGAAAUGAAUGCAAUCAGGAAGGCCUGUGCUGCUUUGGAGGAGGGGUAUAUGCCCCAAAUUAUAUAUAUUGCUCUUGAUAAAUGACACUAUACUCAUGCUCGUUGCACCCGUGGGGUCUCUGUUGUCCCACCGGCGUACAACGCCGAUCUUGCCGCAUUCCGUCCGCGCUACUACGUGGAAGGGGACAGCUCGGACGGCGGGUCAACCCCCAGGAGCAGCAGGAAGAAGGCGAUCCUGGGAGAGGGCCCUGUGGAGGUGCCAAAUAUCAAGGAGAACGACGUCAUGUCCCCUGUUAGUUCAGAGACAGGCGGUGUACUUCAUUUACACACCACCAAUAUUGGCACAAUCAGGGAGAUACUGAUUGCCAUCCGCAGGAAAACAGGCCGGAGACCUGA